GUUGUGGACUGUUUUCUAGGUGUCUGCAGCCUUGGCUAGGAAGAAGGGGAAAGGCUUGCAUAAAGACAUGGCUAUCUUUUGGCACAAGAAGAAAAUAAGUCCCAACAAGAAGCCCUUUUCCGUGAAGGAGAAGAAGCCGGGUGACGGCGAAGCCGGCCAGAGCCCCGAGGACACACCCUUUCAGCACUCUCCUCUUGGCAAGCCUGUGGUGAGGGCCGCAGCUGGCACCCUCCUGAGUAAAAGCUCUCCAGUGAAGAAGCCAAGUCUUCUAAAGACCCAUCAGUUUGAGGGAGACCCUUUUGACUCGGGCUCCGAGGGCUCUGAGGGUCUCGGGCCAUGUGUGUCAUCACUCAGCAGCCUGAUAGGCACCGUGGCUGAGACUUCUGAGGAGAAGUACCGCCUGCUUGACCAGAGGGAUAGGAUCAUGCGGCAAGCUCGGGUGAAAAGAACCGACCUGGACAAAGCGAGGACUUUUGUUGGGACAUGCCCAGAUAUGUGUCCUGAAAAGGAGCGGUACAUGCGGGAGACCCGGAGCCAGCUGAGCGUGUUUGAAGUGGUCCCAGGGACUGACCAGGUGGACCACGCGGCAGCUGUGAAGGAAUACAGCCGCUCUUCUGCUGAUCAGGAAGAGCCCCUCCCGCAUGAGCUGCGGCCCUCGGCAGUGCUCAGCAGGACCAUGGACUACUUGGUGACUCAGAUCAUGGACCAGAAGGAGGGCAGCCUGCGGGACUGGUAUGACUUCGUGUGGAACCGCACACGGGGCAUACGGAAGGACAUCACACAGCAGCACUUGUGUGACCCUGUGACGGUGUCCCUGAUUGAGAAGUGUACCCGGUUCCAUAUCCAUUGUGCCCACUUCAUGUGUGAGGAGCCCAUGUCCUCCUUUGAUGCCAAGAUCAAUAAUGAGAACAUGACCAAGUGCCUUCAAAGUCUGAAGGAGAUGUACCAGGACCUGAGAAACAAGGGUGUGUCCUGUGCCAGCGAAGCUGAGUUCCAGGGCUACAACGUUCUGCUCAAUCUCAACAAGGGGGACAUCCUAAGAGAAGUACAACAGUUCCAUCCUGCUGUUAGAAAUUCCUCUGAAGUGAAAUUUGCUGUUCAGGCCUUUGCUGCAUUGAACAGUAAUAAUUUUGUGAGAUUUUUCAAACUGGUCCAGUCGGCUUCUUAUCUGAAUGCUUGUCUUUUACACUGUUACUUUAAUCAGAUCCGCAAAGAUGCUCUCCGAGCGCUCAACAUCGCGUACACUGUGAGCACGCAACGCUCCACUGUCUUUCCCUUGGAUGGCGUGGUGCGCAUGCUGCUCUUCAGAGACUGUGACGAGGCCACAGACUUCCUGAACUACUAUGGUCUGACUGUCUCUGAUGGCUGUGUUGAGCUGAACCGGUCCUCGUUCCUGGAACCAGAGGGCUUAUCCAAGGCCAGGAAGUCGGUGUUCAUUACCAGGAAGAUGACCGUGUCGGUUGGGGAGAUUGUGAGUGGAGGGCCAUUGCCCCCCAUCCCUCGUCACACUCCCGUGUGCAGCUUCAACUCCCAGAACAAGUACAUUGGGGAGAGCCUGGCUGCAGAGCUGCCUGUGGGCACCCAGAGACCCAGCUCGGACGCAGUAGGUGAGAAGCUGCAGUUGCAUGAGGGAAGUAGCAUUGCCCCUCCAGGAAGCCUCUCUGGAGGUGGGGGGAAAGGAGAGGCGUGUGGGGCAGAGGCAGAUGUACCGCCGCCCGCUCUCCUCCAGCAGCCUCUUCCCACCCCUGCGCCCACACCAGCUUCUCUGCCUCACCUCCCAGCACCGACCCCGAGCACAGCGCCUAGCCUCUUCCAGCCCCCUGUGCAGCCCCCCCUCCAGCCCCCUGUGCAGCCCGAAUUGCUUCCUCCAAGGCCUGUACCUUCGUACUCGGAUGCGGACCUGGCUCAAGUAGUGGAUGAGCUCAUCCAGGAGGUUCUUCAGAGGGACUGUGAGGAGGUUGGUGCCGCUGGGGCGGCCUUCGCAAACACAGCUCUGGGAGCUGCUCUCAGUCUUGGACAGGAGGUUGCAGCUGCCCAUUUGUAAAGGCUUAACUGUUGGUCCUGUCCUCUAGGUGGGUAUGA